AUGCCGCGCUCCUUUCUCGUCAAGACGCACUCCAGCCACAGGAUCCCCAACUACCGGCAGCUGGAGACGCAACGAGAAGCCAAUGGCCCCUGCUGGACCUGCGGGGGGCUGGUGGUGCCCCUCCUCCCUGCUCUCGAUGACACACCCCAGCCCCAGGGCUGCGCCCCCGUCAUCUCCCGCCUCCCCCUGCCUCGUCUGCACCAUGGUGAAGCUUGGACAGCCUCAAGCCCUGUCUCCCCAGGGGUCAGUCUGGUGGACCCAGAGGCUGGCCAGGUGCCCAGCACCCCACUCAGAGACAGCCUGAACCACCCCAACCUGCCCCCAGUUCUGCUGCUGCCAAAACAGUGGUCGCUGCCCCCGGGCCCGGGCCAGGAAGAACCAGACAGACCAUGUGGGGCUGUGGGGACGGCCCAGCCACCUGGCUGCCCCGAGUGCCUGCGGUUGCCCCACCCCACAACCAGGCUAACUGCACACAGGCAGCUGCCCCGCCACCUGCAGAUGAGACGCUGCUUCAGCUGCAAACACUGCACCAAGGAGUACAGCAGCCUGGGUGCCCUCAAGAUGCACCUGCGGACCCACACGCUGCCUUGCAUCUGCGCGCUCUGCGGGAAGGCCUUCUCCCGGCCCUGGCUGCUACAGGGCCACAUCCGCACCCACACAGGUGAGAAGCCCUACACCUGUCCACACUGCAGCAGGGCCUUCGCCGACCGCUCCAACCUCCGGGCACACCUGCAGACUCACUCAGACCUCAAGAGGUACCAGUGCAAGGUAUGCACCAAGACCUUCGCCCGCGUGUGCCUCCUGCUCCGCCAUGAGGAAUCUGGAUGCUGCCCUGGGUCCUGA